GCUGUGCGCUCUUACAGUGGACACAUGGGCAAGCAACUGGGUCGGUCAGAUUUUUGAGAGCCUCUAGGAGACGCUUGAAAGAACAUAGAGAUGAACGCAACCGAGAAGUUUCACCUUCCCGUUGACGGCAUCCUCAAAAUGUUCAACUCUCUCCCCGAGCAUCACCAAUCACGCAUUACGCACACAGCUCACCAGACCCUCACCCCAGUCCUGCAGCACCCCAAAGUCUCAAACAUAACGAAGACGGGCAUGGGCAUCAUCAAAACCGUCAAAGGCUGCUGGAGGCAACAGGAUGGCAGAGUUGGAUCGAGUAGAUCCUCGAGUUCUGGGAACCGGCAAGUAUCAACUGAUCGACUCCCCAAAAAACGGUCCGUGGAUCGGCUGGAGUUGGGUCUGACCAAGCCCAGGAACUGUCACAGGAUAGUUGUGCUUGGGGCGCCCAAAGUAGGCAAAACCAACAUCUUGCAGAGGUUCUUGGGGAAAGAAUUUCAAGAGCAAUAUGAACCCACAAUCGAGGAUUUCCACAGAAAGCUGUUCCACAUAAGAGGGGAGACGUAUCAGAUUGAUCUUCUGGACGCAGCGGCUGAGAAGGACUUCCCUGCGAAGAGGAGGCUAUCCAUACUGACAGGAGACAUUUUCCUGCUCGUCUUCAGUCUGGAUGACAGAGAUUCUCUGAAUGAAGCCUGUGAGCUGCUCAGAGAGAUCAAAGCUGCAAAGGCAAAACUACUGAAAUCAAAACAUCCAGCCAAAGUACCAGCCGUGAUAUGUGGCAACAAAUCGGACCUGGACGCACAGAGAGUGGUGAGACGGUCCGAAGUGGGAACGAUCCUCGGCGAGGACCUCCCGUACUUCGAAACUUCUGCUAAAAACGGCACCGGACUGGAGAGUGUAUUCAGAGCUCUCGCCUCUCUCGGCGGACUGCCAGACGAGACGAGUCCGUCUCGACACCAGAUCAUAUCCAUCCCCACUUACCAGUCGCUGUGCGUCCGCCAGCGAGGCAGGAGAGGGAGCCGCACGCCGGAGCUCGGUGCGCCCUGCGCCGCCGUGGACCCUCUGGCGCGCAGACCGAGCUUCUCCAGCGACCUGCGGCUGGUGCUUGGAUCAAGCACCAAACACAACAAACCCGAGAAGUGUCAGAUUCAAUGAAUUGUGAGGCUUCUCGAUAAACAAAUUGUAGCAGUAAGCUGCAAUAUCAUAAAUGUAAGGAGUUAUACUCCGUAGCACCUGGCUGGACCGUGGUGCAUUUCUUUUUUCUGUUUUGUACACAUAUAUAUGAGUGUAUUAUAUCAUCCUAUAAUAAAAGUUGAAUAUUACUUAUUGUCAUAAA